GAUUGUGGUGUACAGAAAUGAAAGCUGAGGGAAAUUAUGUCUCAAAUAAACUAAUAAAAGAGAAGGCAAAAGAAUUAAAACUUGCCACUGGCUAUGCGAGAUUUAAAGCGAGCCACAUGUGGCUGGAGGGAUUCAAACUACGUAAUAACAUAGGUACACGGAGUCACAAAAAGGUGGUAUGUAUCAAUAUCGAUGAGAAUAGAGCGAAAAGUCCUCAGCAGGAGCUAGAAAUAGAAAAAUUAAUAGGAAAUGAAUGUGUUAAUUUACAAAACUUGUAUAACAUUAAUGAGAUCAUCCUCUUGUGGAAAGCCUUGCCUACCAAGACACAUGUGGGUAACAGUAAACAAAGCAUUAGUGGCCUAAAAUUAAACAAAGAAAGAAUUAUGCUAGUUUUAUGUGCUAAUGCCAGUGGCACUCACAAAAUCAAGCCACUGGUGGUUUCUAAUUAUCAAAAUCCACAUGCCCUUAAAGAAAAGGACAAUUUGCUCCUAAUACAUGAACAGUCGAAGAAAACAUGGAAGAAUACAAAUUUGUUUACAGUUUGGUAUGAGAAUGAUUUUAAAAGUAGCACUAAAAGUCAUCAGUUACAGAAAGGCGUAAGUGGGAAAAUAUAUUUGCUAUUGGACAACUGUAGUGACCAUAAAAAAGUGGACGCAGAAGAUGAAAAUUUUCAAAUUAUGCACUCACCGCCUGAUACAUCUUUAAUUCAACCAAUGACCGAGGGCGUAAUCGACAAAAUCAAGACAUGUUUCAGGCACAAAUUAAUGAAAGAAUUUUUAAGAUAUUCUAAUGGAGAGGAAGAAUUUUACCAGAAAUAUUCCAUAAAUGACUGUAUAAAUAUGGUUGCCGAAUCAUGGGAGGAUAUUUUAUAUACUAAAAACAAUAUAAAAAAUACGUGGAAGGAACAUGUUGAUGAAAGGGAAGAAAUUAGUGAAGAAAAAAAGGACAAAGAAAAACAUGAAGAAAAUAUCUUGAAUGAAAUGCAAGAUAUGAUGAGGAUAAUUUUGGAACGUAAUACAACGAUGGAAGACGUCAUCAGGUUUUUAACUGAAUGUCGCCUGGAAGAAAUAUAUUUUCUUAAUCAAAAUGAUGAAGAAAACACGAGCGAUAUUUAUGAAAAUGAUGAAGAAAACAGGCUUGUAAUUGAUGAAAGUGACGACGAAAACAAGCUCGUAAUUAUUGAAACUGACGAUCAAAACAGGGAUGAAAUACAUGAAAAUGAAGAAGAAAACAAGGACAAAAGUCAUGAAAAUGACGAAGAAAACAGACAUGUAAUUGAUGAAAAUGAUGAUGAAAACAAGCUCAUAAUUACUGAAACUGACGAUCAAAACAGGGAUGAAAUAUAUGAAAAUGAAGAAGAAAACACGGACGAAAUUCAUGAAAAUGAUGAAGAAAACAGGCUUGUAAUUGAUGAAAGUGACGAUGAAAACAAGCUUGUAAUUAUUGAAACUGACGAUCAAAACAGGGACGAAAUACAUGAAAAUGAAGAAGAAAAUAAGAGCAAAAUUCAUGAAAAUGAUGAAGGAAACAGGAACAAAAAUAAUGAAAACCGAAAUGAUGAAAUAGGCACAACAGAUAAAGGUGAAAAAUUGACAGCAGCCGACAUAAAAUUAAACCCCGAAGAAAGAGAAGAGAUGAAAUAUAUUUUUGAAAGACUUGAGUAUUAUUAUCCAAGAUUGCCGCAUGCAAUUAAAUACUAUUUGCAAGCAUGCAAAUCAGCGUGUAUAGGCGAACCUAUCGAUGUUAAAUAUUCAGUUCACUGAAUUUGUUGAAGUGCUGUAAAAGUUAAUUAGUUUGCAAACAGAAGCAUGAAAGCGGAAACAGUGCCAUCAUAUCUUACAAGAUUACAAGAAAAAGUUACGUAUCAGUAUCAAUGAAGAUCCAGCAAAAAGUCAUAAGCAAGAGUUACAGAAGAAGAAUUGAUAGAAGAAGAAAGAAGUGCAAUUACAGCAUUGACGAAAUUAAUUCUUGUUGCAAGCCUUGUUUAGUAGGGCCUUUGAGAAUGAAGCUGAACAGAACAUUAACAUGUUAGUGGUCCUAAAUUAAAGGAAGACAGGAUUAUACUAGGCUUACGUGCUAAUGCCAGUGACACCCAUGAACUUGAAUCAUUGAUGGCUUACAACUAUAAAAAUCCACGUGCCCUAAAGAAUCAGAUGAACAAUUUACAUUUAACAUAUGAUCAGCGAAAAAAGAUUGGAAGGAUAUAAACUUGUUUAUAAAUUUAUGUGAAAAUGAUAUUAACCUCGGAACAAGAAAACUUCAAGAAGAGGAAGGCAUAACUGGAAAAAGAUAUUCAGAGAUUGAAAAACUGUAGCAACCGAAUUAGAAUAGGCGAAAAACAUGAAAAUUUUCAAAUUACUUACAAAACUGCGAGAUACGAUGAGGAUAAUUUCGGAGUCACGGCAAUGGAAGACAUUCUUAAAUUUCUCAAGGAAUGUCAUAUAGGGGACGUGAAUAAAUGAAUCCUCGAUAGUUAUUUUAGGAAAUUAUUCCUAAUUUCACUCGCGUCACGAAAUCGCUCUACGACAUUGUCAAAAAUAACAAGUUCCGUCUUAAACGUGAGGAACAUAAGGCUUUCAAAGUUGUAAGGUCUUGUCUUGCUGCACAGCAUAUUUUUGCUAUUUAUUCACCGACAUUAUCUAUGCAAUUACAUUACAAUGUAAGCUCAAGCGGGUUUGAAGCAAUCCUGUUACAAGAACGAGCGAACUGCAAGUUGCAACCGAUAUCGUACUUCAGUCAUUGUACAAUUCCGAAUCUAAAUAUCAUAGCUUUGAGCUUGAGCUUAAUUGUUGUAUGCGCGAUGAAACGAUUUUAUAUAUUAUAUAUUUGAGCGGACCACAUUCUAAAAUACUAAUCAGCUGGGAUAAUUUUCGUUUAGUAAACAACAAGUGAAUCCGCGUAUAUCCCGAGGAGUGAUGCGUUUGCAAGCGGACGUCUUCGACAUCAAACAUUGCCACGAUGAAAAAAUGAGACACGUAAGUGUGUUGCGCAGACAGCAGAACGUACUUAUAUUAUAUAGAAGCUAAUACGUUCGAACAAGUCCUUUCGUUAAAACAAAACCAGGAUGGUGAGACAGAGCGAUCUGAGAAAAAUUACAAAACGGAGGAGAGCGGUUCUUUGAAUUACGCGAUGGACCAGUCUAUCGUAAAGUGAAAAAUCAACAACUUUUACUUUAUAUUCCGCGCGCUAUGGCCAAAAAUCAAAUCUACGACGAGAUUAGACAUAUCGACAUCGAUGUAUGUAGAGUUCUUGAAAAUCUGUUACGUGUCUGUUGGUUUCUGACGUCCCGCUUAUCGUAUUCGCUUUGAAUAACACCGUGUGUCGAUUACUGGCAAUACUACGUCGCGUUUGUUUUUCGGUAUAGAGUAGAGACUAAAAAA